AGGUGGCCACAGACGGACCGCGCACAGACGCUGUUGACACAGAGAGGGGAGAUACGGCAGCGAGACAGAGACGCCGAGACGCAAGGAGGAGACACGGAGAGGAAGAGAAGAGAGAGAAACGAGGAAACAAGAGAGACGCGAUGGCUUCGAACUUUGAAUUGCCCUUCAUCAAACAAGAGAGUGAAGAGGAGCCAAGCCCGGCGAUGUGUCCCGGCACAACGGUGAAGCAUGAAGACGUCGGGGCAGUCGUGAAGCAAGAAGAUGACUGGAGGCUGGGCGAUAAGAAAUGGAGGAUUGUGGUGAAAACUGAAGUGGAGGAGAACGCUCUCGAUCUGAAGAUCAUUAAAGAUGAAGGAGUCGGUGGGCCGCCAGAGACGAUGAGGGAUUCCCGUGGAUAUUUUUACACUCCAGACCAGAACUUCAUUGAGGUGGAGUUGUCGGAGGAGGACAUUGGAGAGGAAGCAGAUGAAGCGAACAAGUGGGAACCCCUGUGCGAGGAGUGUGGGGAAGGCAGACGCUUCAAAGCAAAACGCGCCAGCAGCAAGACCCCUCAAGCCUGCACGCGGUGCGGGAAGACACUUGAAGGCGCCGCACUUUGCACGACAGUGACUACCGAUGGGAGGAAGCAUAUAUGCAAGGAGUGCGGGAAGGGAUUUGCGCAUCGUUCCAACUUGGAGAAGCACACGAGGACGCACACUGGCGAGAAGCCGUACGCGUGCAGCGAGUGUGGGAAGGCCUUCGCGCAACGUUCUCAAUUAAACCUCCACUCGGCGACGCACACCGGCGAAAAGCCGCACGUGUGCAAGGAGUGCGGGAAGGGGUUCGCGCACCGUUCCAACCUGGAGAAACACACGAGGACGCACACUGGCGAGAAGCCGUAUGUGUGCCAUGAGUGCGGGAAGGCCUUCGCGCAACGUUCUCAGUUAAACCUGCACUCUGCGACGCACACUGGCGAAAAGCCGCACGUGUGCAAGGAGUGCGGCCAGGGGUUUGCGCAUCGGUCCAACUUGGAGAAGCACACGAGGACGCACACCGGCGAGAAGCCGUACGUGUGUGACGAGUGCGGGAAGGGAUUUACACGGCGAGAGCACUUAAAGGUGCAUUGUAUCACGCACACUGCCGAGUGGCCGCAUGUGUGCAGCGAGUGUGGCAAGGGCUUCGCACAACGCUCCCAGUUAGUCUUGCACUCCGCAACGCACGCUGGCGAGAAGCCGCACGCAUGCCAGGAGUGCGGGAGGGGGUUUUCACGAAUCUCCUCGUUAAGGAAACAUUCUCUGACGCACAUUCCGGAGUGAGAGCCCCGAAUCACGGUUUUGUCUCGAUUCAAAGUUAUGGUGAACGUUACUUUAUAUAUAACGCCAAACCAGGGACAUCCAGUUGCUAUUGUCUCACCGUGUACUCUCAACUAAAUGUAUUCGAUAUGCAGCAAUGCACCUUCUCUAAAUGUUUGAAUGAAAUUGGGAUCACAAUUUCAUUCACGUAUGAAUGUGUUUUGCUCUUGUGGUAGUCUAUCAUGAUUGAAAUCUUGUGGCAUAUGUAAUGGAGAAUAAGCUGUAAUGCUGCAGGUUCAGCAGUAGUCUCCAACUUAUCAAGAACGAGCACCAAUUACCAGGUCAUAAGUAUUACAUAACAUGGUUGACCAAUCAGAGCCAUCCCUUGACCGCACCCAGGCAUCGAUCAGCCUGCCAUUGAAUCCGUACCAGAUGCAAAAUUCCUCUGGUACGGCCAUGGAGAGCUCAAACCAAUUGGUCAAAAAAUAUGUUCAAGAAUGUAGGAGCACUGGCCAAUGGCUGAUGGUAUCAUGGGUCUUGACUAGGUCAAUAAAGCAGAGAUAUUGCACACUGUCAUAGAUAUGAUCAUCCUGAAAAUUGGUGAGCUGGGCUAUGUUCAUAUGGACUAGCGGAGCAACAACUGGUUACAGUUUUCUCAGGGAACAUAGGAGAGGCUAGUUGAUGGUGUCUAAAGCAUUCGUGAGGGGGGGAAAAACACGAAGAAUCCAUGGCCUGAUAGAGAUAUUGGUCAUUGACGAUGCAGGUCAGUCUCUGUAAUGGAAUUGGUAUCGAUUGGAUUAGAGGGUUGAGCUUAUCGUGUGUGAUUCCACAUUAAAUACUUCCGGAGUUAUUUUAAAUGGUAUUGAGGGAGAGACGUUUGGAGAGGUGGGAGAAGAUAACUAAAUGAACGGGAAGUUCGAGGUAGGAUGAUCUUUGCUGGGAUGUUGGGUUCCAAUGUGCAUUUUUUUAAGCCUGCAUCGCUAUCAAUACACUUGUGGAAGAGUCGUAGGUGAAUUAGGCAUUCUUGAACACACUGCUGAGCAGAAAUCUGUAAGAUAUUUUUUUUUCCAUUCGGAUUAAAUUGUGAAUGGUUUUAGCUUUUAGUUAUUUUAUAUUUUACCCAUGUAUUUAUAAGAUGUGGCAAAUGAAUGGGAAACAAAUCCAAGUCUGGUCUUCCAGUUUAGCCCAGGUGUUGAGCGUAUCCUCUCUCAAACCUUUGCCAAGUUCGACUGCGGGGAUAUUCCGGAGUUGAAGUGAAUUCUUGGACAUGCCCAAGGAAAAUAACCAGUCAGAAAACACGACAGCAUGUAAUCUGGCGGAGACCCAGUGAGAUAUCUCACUUCAAUUAGUUAAGAUGCCCGAGAGCUGUGCAUAGGAAAAGCUUGAGAGAAGAUCUCGACACGUGGCUUAACCCCAAGACCACAACUGGUAUAUGAAAAAUCGA